GCCAUCAUGUGACACAAGAGAAAGAAGCUGCUUCUGCUCCAACAUUCAGGACGUUUUAGGGAAUAUCAGACAAAACUAAAAGCAAAUAUGGAUGUAAAGAUUUAAUUUCAGGUUGUGUUUGACAGCAUUUUCUGAAGCCAUGACCUCGGCUCAGCAGUUGCUUCGGUCUCAGAGAGAGCUGCUGCUGAACUGGACUUGCGACCAUCCUGCGCCCUUGUUGCGGUGGCUGUAUGAUGCGGAUGUGCUCUCCUCUACAUGCUACCUUUCUCUACUGGAGAAAUCACCCUCCAAUGCUGUGGCCCAGGCUUUGGAGACAGCAUGUGCAUCAGAGGAAAGCAGUCAAAAGUUCCUCUCUGUGCUAAAAGAAGUGCAAGAUUAUUACUGCAGCGAUCUGCACCUGUGGGUGAACACGCACUGCAGGUCUGAGAUCGUCAGUAAACCAGCACCUGAACCAGAGAAAGUUGGAGCUAGAACCAAGAAGCCUAAAGGUCCCAUUGCUAAGCUGUUCAAAGGGAAGAGCAAAGGAUUCUCUCCAACUGCAAAACCUAAUGCUAAUGAAGAUCUGCAACCUACAAAAUGUCAAAAGCUGGUCAAACUCAGAGUUCCAAUAUCUGCCCAUAAAACAACAUUACUGAAGCGUAUGGAGCAGUUAAAGUGUUACUCAGAGGGAAACCAAGUGGCUUCAAACUCUGCUUCUCACAUCGAGAUUCGCUACACCGACCUUUUUGUGACAGAAGAUAAUGACUUCACUGACAGCAGCCAGCAUGAGUACUUUGACUUGGCGAGCAGACGGGCCCGCAUCUAUGACCACCAGUCAUGCCAACGCAUCAAACCAAGCCAACUGCUGAGCCCUCAGGAGACAUCAGGGCAGCCACCCAAAAGGGUGAAAGUCAAGGGAAUUGCUGGUAUUGGAAAGAGUGUAGCAGUGCAGAGACUGGUCUACGAAUGGGCCAUUGGGAAGAGCAUGUGUGAAUUCACGUGUGUUUUUGAUCUACGUUUCCGAGAGCUCAACCUCAUCGAAGCGCCGCUCAGUUUAUUGGAGCUGCUUGGAGAAAGGUUCAGGUAUCUUGUAGACGUUCUUCCUGAUCUGUUGACCACACCACACUCGUUGCUCUUCAUCUUAGAUGGCUUAGACGAGUUUAAGUUCUCCCUACAGUGGAACAGUCCAAAUAAAAUAAUUGAUGUAGGGUCAAAAGUGUGGGUGUCAGAGCUGAUAGUUGCUUUGAUUAAAGGGGAUCUCUUACCAAAUGCAUCUGUCAUCCUCACAACAAGGCCUUCUACUGAAGCCCCAAAGGGUUUCUUCCAGAGAUGCUGUGUGGUGCUGGGUUUCGAAGAAAAGCAGGUUCAGGAAUACACCACCAAGUUCUACAAAGACAAGGACGUGGCUGAAAGGGUCUUUGAGUAUAUAUUAAACAAUGACAAUAUCUUUGUGCUCUCCUUCAUCCCUCUUUAUUGCUACAUCAUCUGUACUGCUAUGGCUGAGUUCUUUGCUUCAGGAACUCAAGAUGUUGGUGACUUCAAGACUCUGGAGCUGAAUCCUCCCAGAACAGUCAGUGAGGUUUACUUCUGCUAUCUGUUAACAACAGUUAAGCACCAUGUCCUGAGGGGGAGUGCAGGGAGAAGUACUCCAAGAUCGGAAGUCCUUUCCUUGGCGAAGCAACAGCUAACAAACCUGGGAAAACUGGCUUAUGAAAGCCUUCUACAGAGAAAAAUCAUGUUUGAUGUAGACGAUCUGAGGAGCUACGGCGUUUCACCAGCUGAUGUUCAGAGCACUUUUCUGUGUCAGAUCCUCCAUCCUCUCAAAGAGGAGACGAUAGAGAUGUUUUCUUUCUUCCACUUGACUGUUCAGGAACAUUUGGCUGCCCUUUACUGUGCAAUCAACCUCUUCAGCCAGGAGGCCAUCAUUCAGGCUCUGGACUUGUGGUGCUUUGGAUUGAAACCACCCUCUACCACUGCUACACCUCUGAAAGACAUCAACAUCAGUGUGGACAAGCUGGAGAGCCUCCAGAUGUUCACACGGUUCUUUAUGGGGCUUCUGCGAGCACGGCUGGAAGGACAUUUGGAGGGCCUUGUUGACUUCUCAGUUGGGGAAAGCGAUGCGUUCCCUGCCAGGUUGGGUUUGUGGUUCCAGGACCAAUUUAAAGACAGAAAAAUGACGAACCAGACAGCUUUGAAUCUUCUUCACUGCCUGAUGGAGUUUCACAUGAAAGAGACGACCAGGAUGGCAGCGCCGGAGAUUAAAAAACUGAACUUGUUUAAAAUGAAGCUGAGUGUUGUGGACUGUGCCGCGAUGCAUUAUGUGUUGCAGUUUUCACCACACACACUUCUGGAGCUCAACUUAGGCUACUCCAACAUUGGGAACAGAGGACUUUGGCGACUCUGGUCGAUCCUACACCGCUGUGAAUCUCUCUAUUUGAGGUACAACAGUCUGGACCGGCAAGCAGCAGUUUUAGAAUCAGCAGUCCUGAAGUCACAUGAAUGCCAAGUGAAGAAGCUUUUCAUGUGUGGAAACAACCUGGGUCCAGAGGGCGUUUUGGAGCUGUGGGACGCUUUGGAGCACAACACCACUGUUGAGGAACUCUUUCUGGACAUCACUGGCAUCACAGAGAAAGGGACUGAAAACAUUGUCCAAUGUCUGAGCAGAAACACAUCUUUAAAGUUACUGACAAUUGUUGGGAAUGACAUUGGAGAGGUGGGGAGGAGCMGGCUGAGGGAGCUGGGAAAACUCAGGCCAGAACUCAGGAUCAUAGCAAACUUUGUGGAUGACCUUGGGUUACUCCAGGCAUACCUGGACUGGGUGGAGGAGAUCCGGGCCGACAGAGACCAGAUGGACUCUGUGAAGAAUGUAGAYGCCCUGCAGUCCGUUCUGAAGGGCCUCCAGGUGGCAGGAGAAAAAGUGGAGAAAGGAGAGAAAGCAAAGAAAGCCGAGGAGCUCCAGAUGAAGAUCCAUGAGCUGCUGAAGUCCACUUCACAUCUGAUUGGAAGAAAAUAAACUCAUCAUGUUUGUCUUCUCAUCUAAACUCAGUAAACRAACUUGUGAAAGAGAAAUUUUAUUUUAUGUAAUUCUAUUUAGUUUUCAGUUUAGGUUUAAAUGAAGUGUUGUGAAUGUUUCAAAUUUUACUUUAUCUAAACUGAAUAUUGGUUAUGAAUUGUAAAAUUGGGUAAUUACAUUGCAACGUCAUGCUUGUUGAUUUAUGAGUUUGAAAGGAUUAGAGAUGCAGAUUUGUGGCAAUAGAUUUAUUGUUAUAAUACUCUGAAAGAAAAGCAAUCCCACUCUCCAGAUAACGCUGUACAAGUAUCACCUUUUAUAUUUGCUUUCUUCGUCAUCUUGUUCUCUGAUCAUCUUUAUUUUUAUUUUUGUUGUUGUUUGUUACAACUGAUGUCGUAGGACUGAUUAUGCAACUCUGAGUGUGCAGGUGCCUGUCGCUAAUUGGACUUUGAAGACUGGAGACGACUGAUUGGUGGCCUGCCGGAGAUGAYGGCGAAAAGACGCUGACGUGGACUUUCUGUCAUCCAUCCUCUCGUCAUCCCAACCGGCCACACUGUUUGCUUGUUCCUGUUAUAUGUUCAACAAAACCAAGGAGUUUGUAGGCGUGAACUGCAGUUUGUUUUUUCAACAAUUUUUCUCCUGUUUAUUUUAUUUAGGGGGGUAUGUUUUGGUCAUUUGGUUUAUGUAUUUUUAAUAUAACUGGUGUUAAUUAGAUAAUUUACUUUUGUCAUUUUGGCAUUAGCUCACUCCGAAGUCAGACACUCCCAAUGUUGUAAGCAUUUCAUUCAAAAACACAUCUCAUAAAUAAAUACAAUUUUUUAAAUUCAUGUCAAAA